ACAUGAAUAUAACCCUACCAAUGACCUCUUAUUAUUAUCGUGCAGAACGCUUACUCAGUCAACCAUGGCUCUAUGAUGGGGUGAUGGGUUAAAUCAUGUACUCGUUGCUCUUCCUCCCCCUUCUCACAUCCCUGACGACACUCACAUACACCUUCAUCUUUCAGCUCGUCCGCCAAAGGUGUCUUACUGCCCUCUCCUGCAUCGGCAGUUUCAGAGAAUUUUAUCGCGAUGUGAUUGAGGUAGGCACAGGGGAAAGGCAGCUGAGUUGACUUCGACGACGCAGCAAAGACUGUAGUUGAACUAUCAUGAGGCACAGCCUGAUUCGCGCCCGGUGAGA